CAGGUGCGGUCCCCGGCCUCUCGGGCCCCCAGUUAACCCCACUGUGCACACCGGACCCUCCUGCGCACGCGCGCCGCGGCGCCGGACAGUUGGUGGUGCUGGCUCUGCCCUGCUGUUCGUCUCCCUGCCUUGCUCCGUAGCGCGCGACCGUGGCUCAACACGCCGGCGCACUGGCGCUCUGGUGGAGGCGCGGCGCGCAGGCGCAGCUGGGGGGUGUGAGGCCGCGCAGGCGCGGACGGCGUUGAUUCGAAGACCUUCAGCGUUGCCCGAGCAGAGCGGAGACAGGCCCUCGGGGUGGAGGUCUUUGGUUUCAUAAGAGCCUGAGAGAGAGUUUUCUAAGAUAUGUGUAACACACCAACUUACUGUGACCUAGGAAAGGCUGCUAAGGAUGUCUUCAACAAAGGAUAUGGAAUUUUCUACUUCUGGUCAUGCUUACACUGAUACAGGGAAAGCAUCAGGCAACCUAGAAACCAAAUAUAAGGUCUGUAACUAUGGACUUACCUUCACCCAAAAAUGGAACACGGACAAUACUCUAGGGACAGAAAUCUCUUGGGAGAAUAAGUUGGCUGAAGGGUUGAAACUGACUCUUGAUACCAUAUUUGUACCGAACACAGGAAAGAAGAGUGGGAAAUUGAAGGCCUCCUAUAAACGGGAUUGUUUUAGUGUUGGCAGUAAUGUUGAUAUAGAUUUUUCUGGACCAACCAUCUAUGGCUGGGCUGUGUUGGCCUUCGAAGGGUGGCUUGCUGGCUAUCAGAUGAGUUUUGACACAGCCAAAUCCAAACUGUCACAGAAUAAUUUCGCCCUGGGUUACAAGGCUGCGGACUUCCAGCUGCACACACAUGUGAACGACGGCACUGAGUUUGGAGGUUCUAUCUACCAGAAGGUUAAUGAGAAGAUUGAAACAUCCAUAAACCUUGCUUGGACGGCUGGGAGUAACAACACCCGUUUUGGCAUUGCUGCUAAGUACAAGCUGGAUUGUAGAACUUCUCUCUCUGCUAAAGUAAAUAAUGCCAGCCUGAUUGGACUGGGUUAUACUCAGACCCUUCGACCAGGAGUCAAAUUGACUUUAUCAGCUUUAAUCGAUGGGAAGAACUUCAGUGCAGGAGGUCACAAGGUUGGCUUGGGAUUUGAACUGGAAGCUUAAUGUGGUUUGAGGAAAGCAUCAGAUUUGUCCCUGGAAGUGAAGAGAAAUGAACCCACUGUGUUUUGGCCUUAAAAUUCUUCUGUGAAAUUUCAAAAGUGUGAACUUUUUAUUCUUCCAAAGAAUUGUAAUCCUCCCCACACUGAAGUCUAGGGGUUGCGAAUCCCUUCUGAGGGAGGCGCUUGAAGGCAUGCCUGGAAGUUGUCAUGUUUGUGCCACGUUUCAGUUCAGUUCUGCAGUGUUAUUAAAUGUGUUCCUCAGCGACAGUGUAGUGUCAUGUUAGAGGAGACGAUCUGACCCUCCAGUUUGUACAUCACGUCCUGCAUGUCCCACACCAUUUUUUCAUGACCUUGUAAUAUAUCAGUCUCUGUGCUAUAGUGGAAUCUUUGGUUUUGCAUCAGAGUAAAAUAAAAUAAACCCAUCACAUUUGGAACAUAA